CCAUCACCUCGCCUCUCCCGCCACUAUGCCUCGCAUUCUCGCCUCUUUUGGGAGGAUGCCCCGCUCGGCUUUGGCGGCACGCGCCUACGCCACUGCUGCCGCCGCGACCACAAGUCCCGCCCCCACCUCGUCGCUCGCGCCGAAAAAUCGCCGUCGCCUCGUCUUCAACAACCGCCAUGGACCGGGCUUGGCGCACUUCCUCUCCGAGUCGCUCGUUCCCGAUCCCACCGCCCUGUCUGCGCGCCCAGACGAGGUCCCAUACCUCUCCGUGAGUGACUGGGGUGAGGGCCGCCGCUACUACAUCGAGGUAUAUGGGUGCCAGAUGAAUGUGAGCGACACCGAGGUGCUCAUGGCCGUCCUCAACAAGAGCGGGUAUCAGCGGACGACGGAGCUAGCCGACGCGGACAUCAUCUUCCUGAUGACGUGUGCGGUGCGCGACAAGGCGGAGGAGCGCGUGUGGGGACGUCUCUCAGAUCUCAAGGGGCGACGCACCAAAAUGGGCAAGGGCAAGCCGCCGACCGUCGGCGUGCUGGGCUGCAUGGCCGAGCGGCUGAAGGAGAAGCUCCUGGACCGGGGCGCCGAUGUCGUUUGCGGGCCGGACGCAUACCGCUCCCUUCCGCGCCUCCUGUCGCUGCGCGCGCUCGGUGCCGACGGCGUCGCAAACGUUAUGCUGAGCGCCGACGAGACCUAUGCCGACAUCACACCCGUGCGCAUGGACGACAAGAACCCACACAGCGCGUACGUGAGCAUCAUGCGCGGCUGUAACAAUAUGUGCGCAUUCUGCAUUGUGCCGUUUACGCGCGGUGCGGAGCGGUCCCGAGACAUCGACUCGGUCGUGGCUGAGGUUCGCCGUCUCGCCGCCGCCGGCGUGAAGGAGGUCACGCUGCUCGGGCAAAACGUCAACUCGUACCGCGACACGUCGGAGAGCGAGGCUUACGCGCUCCCCGAGGAGAGCGGGGCGCUGUCCGAGGGCUUCAAGACAAUCUACCGCGGGAAGGACGGCGGCCGUCGUUUCGCCGACCUCGUCGCUGCCGUCGCUGAGGUUGAUCCUGAGCUGCGCGUGCGCUUCACGUCCCCGCACCCUAAGGACUUCCCAGACGAGUUGUUGGCCGUCAUCAGGGACUACCCGAAUGUGUGCCGCCGCGUCCACCUCCCCCUGCAGAGCGGGUCGACAACAACGCUGGAACGCAUGCGCCGCGGGUACAGCCGCGAGGCGUUUGUGCGCCUGGCAGCGCACAUCCGCGAGACGAUACCCGACGUGGCGCUGUCCACGGACGUGAUUGCGGGAUUUUGCGGAGAGACCGAGGCCGAGCAUGUCGAGACUGUCGAGGUCAUGCGUGAGGUCGGCUUCGAGAGCGCGUUCAUGUUCGCGUACAGCAUGCGCGAGAAGACGCACGCGCAUCGCAAGUACCAGGACGAUGUCUCCCAGCCGGACAAGGACCGCCGCCUGCGUGAGAUCAUGGACACGUUCUUUGCGCGUGCAGGCGAGCGCAACGCCGCGCUCCUGGGCAGCCUUCAGCUCGUGCUCUACUCAGGUUUGAGUAAGGGCCGGCAUGCGGGUACAGAUGAUGGAGGACGGCGCGUUUUUAUCUCCGAUGGCGACUGCCUUGACGAGAUCAAGCCCGGCGACUAUGUUGCAGUUCGUGUGCAUGCCUCGUCGUCCACCAGCCUCACCGGCACCGCACUCAACAUCACCACUCUCCAACGCUUCUACCAGGAGCACCCUCAGCCCGUUGGUGCGCCGCUCGCCAUCUCAUAACUCUUGCCCCUUUUCACUACCUAUAUCUAGAUUGUUGUAAGCAUAUGCAUAGCAUCGCUCC